CGGCCCAAUUUCGGGAUGAUUGGCAUUUAAUGUUUAAUAAUGCAAGAACAUUUAACGAAGAAGCAUCAACUGUAUAUAAUGAUGCCGAAAAAUUACAAGAAGUAUUCGAUGAAACGUUUGAAGAGCUCUGUCCAGGAGGUCAAAUUCCUCAGUCAGGAGAUGAAAUGGAUAUUUAG